CCUCCCUCCCUUUCCGCUGCCGAGGCGGCGGGAGCCGAGCCCCAGCGGACCGAGCGGCGGCCGCAGCGGGCGGCAGGCGCAGAGGCGGCGGCGGGGUGGUCAGGCCAGGGCGAUGCGACGACCGCGCUGAGUCCUCCCGCUCCUGGCGCUGGGGAACCGGCCGCGCGGGACGGCAGCAUGCGGGGCGGCGAGGAGCUGGACGGCUUCGAGGGCGAGGCCUCGAGCACCUCCAUGAUCUCGGGCGCCAGCAGCCCGUACCAGCCCACCACCGAGCCGGUGAGCCAGCGCCGCGGGCUGGCCGGCCUGCGCUGCGACCCCGACUACCUGCGCGGCGCGCUCGGCCGCCUCAAGGUCGCCCAAGUGAUUUUGGCCCUGAUUGCAUUCAUCUGCAUCGAGACCAUCAUGGAGUGUUCCCCGUGCGAAGGCCUCUACUUUUUUGAGUUCGUAAGCUGUAGUGCAUUUGUGGUGACUGGGGUCUUGCUGAUUCUCUUCAGUCUCAACCUUCACAUGAGGAUCCCCCAGAUCAACUGGAAUCUGACAGAUUUGGUCAACACUGGACUCAGCACUUUCUUUUUCUUUAUUGCCUCAAUUGUCCUGGCGGCUUUAAACCACAGAACCGGAGCAGAGAUUGCUGCUGUGAUAUUUGGCUUCUUGGCAACGGCAGCCUAUGCAGUGAGCACAUUCCUGGCUGUGCAGAAAUGGAGAGUCAGCCUUCGCCAGCAGAGUGCUAAUGACUACAUCCGAGCUCGCACUGAAUCCAGAGAUGUGGACAGUCGCCCUGAGAUCCAGCGCCUGGACACAUGAGAACCUUCUGGAGUCUCUUCCCACUGCCCUCACACCCAUUCUUCUAAUCAAGUUUUCUUUCUCUCAGCACGUCAGAUUUUUGUGUGAUCCAGUUGAAUUUUGUCCUGUUUGGUAAAAAUUCACUUUGGGAAAGGGUGCCUAGAGUGGCCCAGUGACUGAUUUGUGGUGGCCUGAAGAGCCCAGGUCCUUCAGCAUUGGGUGCCUGUGGGAGCAGCAGACUUCUUUGACUGCGCUAGGUCUUAACUGUCUGUCUUAGAACACGCAGUCUCAUUUGACUCUGAGCCAUCCUGUCAUGUGUAUUUCUGAUGAGUCAAGACUUUAUGAAAUGGCAUUGAGAAGGGAACUAUAUGUCAUAAGAUAGAGGUACAGGGCUGGAAUUACCAGUGAGGUUCUUGGACAGCCCCCUAGAGAGCUAUGGGUGGGUCUUGAGUCUGGCUGGUUAGAUCCACCCUCAUUGUCUUCCAUGUCCAGGGCAUCUAGGCAGCCAGCAUGGCCUGGGUGGGACUUUUGAGGGGCUUGGUGAAUGGAUGUGCUCCUGUGACCUCCUUGCCAGGUCUUUAUGUUACAGGGACAGGAAAAUCUAGUGCCCUGUGGGACCACUGACUCACAGGACAGUGACCGUUUGUCUCCUACCCUGCUGAGAAAUCACUUGAUUCUUCCUCAAAGGAAUCACCUUCCUGUGGUCCAUGUUCACUCCCUGGGAUAGAGGACCAUCAUCUUUGCCAGUCCCCUGCCUGCCUUACAUAUCUUGAGGCUGAACUGCAGUUUCAGCGCUUGUUCCUUCUUAGGUGAAAGCUGCAGAAGAAACAGUCCUUCCACUAGCCAAGGCACUUGCCCACUUGCUGGCCUCAUGGAUCACAUGUGUGUAUGUGGGGGCAGGCAGUGUGUGUGUGUAAGUGUGUUACAAAAUGACACAUUCACACUUCUAUUGUAUGGACAUGUGUAAUUCUCUGAUAUCCAAGACAAGCUCUAAAGUGUUUCAGGGUCAGUUUAUCUAGGAUUUGAAAAUACUUGAAUUUGCUCCAGGACACAUCUUUCCACAGAUAUGCCAUGAGGCACUGUUGUCAUUUUGAGUGCCUGAGUGUCCUUACUAUGAACACCAGUCCUGGAACAUGUUAGGAAUCCUAGUUACAUCUGGCUUUUGGAUUGGUUCUUGAUAAACUGAAGAUUUAUCUUGGUGGUGAAUGAAUUGAGCAGGCCCCUAUGAUGCUGUAAUUUUGUUGUUGUUGUUGUUGUUAGAGACUAAUUAUAACUUUUUGGAAAAUUGUUUUAACAUGUCAGGUUCUCACUCUGAACUGUUGAUGUUUACAGACCUUGUAGCUCUAAUAAUAUUUUGUGUGUAGCCUCACCAAGGAGAAGACAUGACUGGUAGAAAGAUAUUGCAAUAGUAGAGAGCCCCCACUAUCUCCCACUGAGACAAACGGUGGCGAGGCUGGGGAGGAAAGUCUGGGGAGGUGCCCCUGUGUGCCAUGGUGCCAUGGCUCUGCAUCAUUCAGGGAAGAGCGGUGCUGUAUGGGUGAAUAGCAAAGGGGCUAUGUCAGAUACCACUGCAGGGCUCAGGAGUCCACAGGAAACAGGAUCAGGCUAUAUCUGAUUGGGGCCAGGGCAGGGGAGUACUAGGGACUGGCUCCCUAAACCCAACAUCUAGUUUAAUCCAGUUCUGCUGUAGUUCCAUAAUGACAGUAGUCCAGGUCAUGUGUUCAAAGGACAGCUAGUCUGGUGUAACUCUCCUCCCUGUUUCUCUUCUCCUCUAGAGGACAGCCUGCAUCUGGCCCUUGCCCAGCUCCUGAUAGAGAUGUCUGUCCUGGGAUGUUGUGAGUCUUGUCAGUACACCUUGUGUUUUACCAACUUUGAAGCUGUUGUAUGUUGUGAUGUGGGGGAGUGGAUGGAUUUUUAUCUGUCAGUUUUACAUGGUUAUUUUGCAUGUGUUGUGUAUGUCUACACAAUCAAAAUUGGGCUUCUCUCCCUUGGAGAAUUCCCUUUAAAAUAGGGUGACAAAGACUUGGCCUGCAUCAGAUGGGGCCCACUUGGAAGGACCGCCCUGGGCUUCAUCAUGUUACUAGGCCUCAGGAACAGGCCACCUUUGAAGUGAGCCAGAAGAAAGAAGCAUUCAGACUGGAUUGCUGCUCGUUUCCCAAGUCAUUUCAAUAAAACCAUUUUCUCAUGUGCUGAAAGGAGGCCUUCUGAGAGUGUUGUCAGCUGAAAGAACUAAUCCUGAGGCCCAUUGAGACCGGGAAUACUGAGAUAUGAUAGCAGUGGUGGUGUUUUAGGGCCUGAAAGACUUGAGAGUUAGUUGCAUCUUAGUGUCAGAAUUGUUAUCUUUGUAAUUAUUUAUAUCCCAGUAACUAUUUAAUAUCCUUUGUACUAUGGAGCUUCCCCGUGGCUUUUGUAUAUGUAUUCCCUUGUACUAUUUAACUAGCUUCCAUAGAGCCAGAAGUGGUUUGUACACGCUCUGAUGGCGUGAUGCACAGCCCCACUCCUACAACCAACGUGGUGAGAAGCCAUGAAGGGAAUAUGGUUGCCUACAGUGAAUGCAAAGACACCUAUAUUUUUCCUGUCAUGCCUCUGUGCAAAUAGAAGAUAAUCUAGAUUUGGAGUUUUUAAAUAGCCUCUGCAAAUUGCAAAAAAAAAGCAUAUUUUUGUGUUUAUUAAUGUCUACUAUGGACCAAUGUCACUUAGGUUUUGGGCAUUUUAAGUCAUCCUUAGAUUUUUUUCCAUUUGCCUUUGGGAUGAAUUGGCUUUCCCAGUUGGAGCAAAACUCAAAGGGAAAUACAGUUGUUGGGAACAUCUGGUGUGGUCAUGGAGACGUGGGGUUGAAGCCCUUCCGCAUUUGGUAGUUUUGAUGAAUGUAAACAGUGUCAUCCUCAGAGAAAGUGUAUUUUGGCGCUAUGUCUGUUGACUGGGUGUCAUCCACCACCACUCUCUUCAACCCUUCCUGCCAAAGGCACAGAGGGUAAGCCCUUUUUCCUUUAAUGGAGAGACAAGAAAACCUUAAGAUACUUAUUGGCUCCCAGAAAGGGCGAACACUGUGAUGGAAUGAAUUCUCUUCAGAGAAUUUCUAUUUAAAGUAGAUAGCCAUGCAGGGCAGAUUGCUUUUGUCUACAAAAAAAAGCAAAAUUCAGUAAGCUGCCCACACCCAGUACCCACAUCUUUCUUAGCGAUAUGCUAAAAUAUCAGAGUGGGCAGGGCCUGGGCACAGGGAAACCAGCAAGGACACCCUGGUCCUUGUGCAGUGAGCACUUGGCCUUGGGGUCCUUUUACAGGCCGCUGGCUGGAAGGCUCAUACACAUGGGCAGACCUUGUAUCCCUGGCUUCCACCCUCGGCUGGAUGCUUCUGGAGAGUUUCAUGGCUCACCUGAAAACAUUUCUUCUCUUUUCAAGUUUCUAGUAUCUUCUUUGAAGUUUUUCUAGUGGUUCAGGCAGUCUUAGAAGAAAUGAAGGUCUAACUUUAUUGUCCCUGCACAUAUGUGAAUUCUUGCUUGCCUUGAAUGAGUCUUGGUUAUCUCUGUGCAUGAUACCAACUGUACUAUUUGGAGGAAACUCCUUGCCUAUCUAUGAGGUGGCCUGAGAAUUCAUUUCUGCCCAUGUCAGAUUCCUUGUUGGUCAGUCUUAGGAGCUUGGAGACUUGUGUCUAAUUUAGUGACCAUGUAGGUGGCUCCUACUCUGCCGUCUCUGUUCAGAACACACAGUAGUCCAUGGUUAGUGUGCUCCUGCCUGACUGCCUUUUCUCAAGGUGUCAUCUACAUAGCAAUAGGGACACUAAGAAGAUGGCAGAAGUUGACUGAUUCUCAAGCAGGGAAAAAGAAAACUGCUUUUCUACUGUGUGAUGUCUCCAAGUACCUUUUAGUUACCGUAAAGUUGCAUAAUCUAGGGUUUCUCUCACUGAUUUUAUCAGCACCUGCCCCCAUAGGGGGCCAGUAGGCCGGAGGUUUGAUGGAUACACGAGGUUUGAUGGAUACACGAGGUUUGCGUGACAGGCCUGGUGUGAGGAGGCUGCAGUAGGAGCAAUGUGACAACUUAGAUGGCGCUUGAUGUGUUUGUUCAUAACCCCUGCUGUUCCAGAAGCAUGUCCUUAACUUCCUCCUCUUCGGAAGAGUGAGGUCUUAUGCUCCCCGAGUGGACUUGAGUCAAGAGCUGGAUGUUGAAGACCCCCAUCCCUCAGUGCUGGCAUCUGGGCUAGGUUUGAGCCGGUGACAUCUGCUUCAGGUGCAUUCCAGGCAGGAUGCAGACCUGACAGCCCCGUUCUCUUGGCUUUGUUAAUGCCCACCUCCUUAAUCUGUUGUUUCUCUCAUUUUAGCAGCAUCUUUAAAAGAAAUCAGAUCUCUCUGGUUGAGAAAGUCAUCUGAAAUACUUGACCUGCUAUGUUUAUUUAGCCAUUACCUCUGAAAGAAAAUACCAUUCAUGUUAGAUCUAGAAUUUUCUUCUAAAAGGGAAUGUUCUCUUGAAUUUCAUGAUAGUCAAUAUAGCAUUGGAUGUAAGUUCUGAGGCUUUGGGCUUUUUUUCCCCCCUUUCUAGUUUCUCCUAUUUAAAAAAAUGCCUAAGAGGAAAGGGGAUCUGUGGGUUGAGGGGGCACAAAUCCAUUGAGCUCAAAGCAUUAGCCACUUGUCUAGGAUCAACUUUAGAUUAUAGGACCUUGAACAGUGUAUUUGUGUCAUUAGUUUACCUUUUUAUUCUGAAACUUGAUUGAGGUGAGGUUUGGUUAAGGGUCACUUGGACCAUGGUGAGUUAAUGGAACUUGUUUGAUUGUAAUUAUGGUAAGAACGUGUGUGGCCAUUUCAGUCAGCCUUGUUUGUUAAUGGGAUUCGGGCAGGGCUGAGUGGACUGCCUUUCCUUCAUAAUUGUUUCUGAAGAGAGAUGCUGCUAAUACCACAGCAGGAUUGACCUCGCCCCUCCAACGCAAGGCAGGGCCAGGCGUGACUGACACUGCUUCCUUCCUUCCACUAACCUGCCUUUGUUUCCCUUGGUUUCAGAACUGACUUAGCAAGUUUCACAAUUCUGUUUCCGUUUUCGUGGCAGUGAAGAGGACUACCAUUUAGGGCUUAAGUUAGCUAGAGAGGGCAAGAACAAGACAUGCUGUGCCCCAGACUCACCUGUUCCCAACUCUCUCCUUCCUAACCCUUUAAAAAAUUCACAUCAUGAUGAAAUUGACCCGUUUGCCUAAAAUAAUUGCUUUUAAAUGACUUGAUUUUGUUUGACAUGGUUCCAUCUAGAAGGAUGUUAGGGAGUGAAGCUGUCUGUGUGUUGAAGUUUAUAGGAGUUUAGGAGCCCGUGGCAGAAACACUAAGCUAUUUAUUGCAGUCUGUAUUUUUUUAAGUAGGCAGUUUUGUCUUUGUGUACUUUAUGAUGAUCUCUUCACCUUUGGUGCCUUCCAUGUGUCACACAAGCACUCUUGUCAGUCAUGGAAUGGGGGGGGCAUUUAGUUAAGACAGAUAACACUAUUUUUGUAGCAUGAUAAUGUCCUUUCAGUAUUGCUUUUCACAAUACCAGUCUUGAAAUUUGGGCCAUUUUCCUCUGAAAUUCCCUGUGUGUUUGAAAUUUCAAAGUCAGACUCCCUCCAGUGACUCCUCCCACUCCGCACGUUUGCUAUUGCUUCUGAGGGUCAGAGGACAUUUCUUUAAAAAAAGUCAUGUUCCUCUAAUACUAUUUGACAUCAUUCCACUGUUAGACUGGGAGAGCUGCUGCUCACCAACAAUGAGGAGAAAGUGGUCGCAUUUGUCAAGGGUCACCUGUGCCCUGCCUUCCCGCUCUCUGGGUCUGGCAGGAAGAGCUUGCAUUUGGCUCCUUGCCUUCCCACUCUGGCCAGCCUCAGGCUGUUCUCUGGCUGUCUCCUAGGAGAGGCCGAGUGCCACGGCUUCCUAGCAGCACCUAGCCUUGCUCUGGGGCCCACCCCACUUGGAUUCGAGGUGGGGUUGUGGAUGCCCCUGAGGGAUGGCCUGCAUUCUGGGCGGCCAGAGAGCAGUAGAUUCCCUGCUGUGGCAGGCUGGAUAAAGCCAGGGCACAGGGUGACCUACGCACUCACUCUGCUUUCCUGGCCCUGUACCGUGGAGUUGUCUGGGUCAGGAAAAACUCUCUGAGCGUUGCUGAGUAAAGGUACGGGUUCUCUGAGACAUUAACUUGUAGCUCUUUGUUUUUGUCCUUUUGAAGAGUCAAAACAUGUAAUUCUGUGGGAAAAAAAAGUCAUCAGGUGGCUGAAUGACAGAUUUCUGCCAGGAUGGGCCACUGGCACUUGAUUUAACUAGUGGCACUUUGUAGGGACAAUGUUAAUAGCUACCACGUUUUAUUUGUUGUCUGGUUUUCUUUGAGACAGGGUCUUGCUAGGUAGUCUUGGGAUGGCCUUUACCAUGUAGCAAUCAUCCUGCCCCUUUCUCCUAAACGCUGGGAUAUAGGAGUGUGCCGCCACGCCCAGCUCAAGUUUUUCUUUCUGGCAGUUUGUAGACAUGGCUGUGGGCAUUCCAAGGUGAAGGCUGUUGAGUCAACUGAGUUGGGUUGUUUGCAGUACUGAACUUGGCCUCGAGGCCCAUCUGGCAUGGUCACCAUGGGUGGGCCUCCCCGUGCUUGAAAUAAGUGAUGUGGGAGUCCCGUGACACUUGUCCCUGACAGCAGACUAAGCCUCACACUGCCCUCAGCCACCCCAAUUUCCUUUGAAGGACCAAUUUUUCAUGGUACUUGUCUUGAUUGUUUUCAUAGUGUUCAAAUCUGUAUUUUUGUAUGUAGAGGGAAAUAAUUUUCUCAACACUAAUCACUAAUGAAUACUGUAUUGUCAUGAAGGAGUUCUUGUUUAAUAAAUGGACAUACAAAACUG